AUGUCCUCUUCAUUUACAGUCAGUCCACAACCAGAAAGCCGCUUUCGUCCUCGCAGUUUGACUCCGAUGGUGAACUUUUCUCGUAAAACUCCAGACCCUGGGCAAUCUGUGAUAGCAGAUUUUUACCAAAAUGCAUACAUUGUUCCAAAAUCUAAACUUAUCGCUUUAUCUCCUCAAACUGCCCCUGUCACUUCCCAAGACUCUGACACAACCUCUAAAUCAGCUUUAAUACACCGUGUGUCAGAUCUUGAAAGGCAGCAUCGUCAAGACAAAGCAAGGAUUGAAAACUUGGAAAAACAAGUAAUUGAACUGACUAUGAAAUACGAAGAAAUGAAAGCUGCCAAUAAAAUGCUUUUAGAGCAAAAAAGCUGCAACGGCGGGGAAGUCCACGCUCUGUAUCAGGACCUUUUCCUGACUGAUUUAAAGCAACAAAUGAAUGAAAAAACACAAGAAGCGGCAAAAAUCAGGUCAAAACAAGUCCAAACUAUGAAAGAGCUAGAAAGUUUGAAGCGGGACAAUUUUCAGUAUCAAGCCACCUUGAAAAGGUAUAGAACAUUGCUAGCAGAUGCUCUAAAAAAGCCUCCUAUGGACUUUGCAGACUCAUCAUCAUUUCUUAGUGCAAUAGAGAGUGAUGCAAGCAGUCGCAAGCAAGGAUCAAGCUCAAAUAGAAGAUUCCAGCAUCUUCUAGCUCAAGACAGUCGGGCAAGCUCUCCAGUCGGUUUAAAGCUAAGCCUAGUUUCUCUAUCAAAACUAGAAAAACUCGUACAUGUCUUGAGUGCGCUGAAUAAAGCUCAGACAGUGCUUGAUAUCUGCAAAAUCAUAUCUAGGGGCUCAAAGUCUUUAACAAAAUCACAGAAACUGACCCUUUUCCUUAUAGGGAGCAAAAUAAAAGACGACUAUAUAAAAUGCUUUGAAAAAACGCCUGACUUUAUAGGCCGAGUUCGGGUAGGAAAUGAAUGGAUAAUGCUACAUACUCACGAUAAUGCAGACCAAGAAGAACCAAUUUUCCGCAAACUUGAUGAUUUAAAGUUUUCAUCAAGAGAGCAUGAUUCUCUUGUGGUGCCUAUUCUUAUAGAAGACCAGCUUUCUUUUGCAGUUCAAUGCCAAGACAAAGUUGCCAAAGAUAAAAAAAAAUCCUUUACUGCUGCUGAUGAAGUCAUAAUAAAAAUAAUAGGAAUUUCAGUUGCUUCAAGAAUAAACACUAUAUGGGCUAUGAGAGACCUGCACAUAGAAUUCCAAAAAGCUACACAAAUAGCAAAUAUUGCUUCAGAAAUCGUUUUGGCGAAGAACCAUAAAGAUAUAGCAAAUAGACUAAGAAAAGUGCUCGCUGGGUACUGUAAUUUUGAAGUGGCUGGGAUAGUAUUUUUAGAUUCUACAACAAAGGAGUUUUUUGUAAUGGUGCACGACCCAAAUGCUGAAGAAUUUUAUAGUGAGGGAGUUUUAAGGUUUCCGAUGACAAUGGGGAUUACUAGUGAAGCAUUGAAAAAAGGGGGUGUGAUGCCAGUUCCAAAUCCAAGACUUUUGGCUUGCUAUAAUCCUCAAAUUGAUAACGUAGCUGGAGCUAGAGAGGUCAGAAAUAUUCUGUUUGGGGCAGUUAAAGACUAUAGGGGAAACUCAGCAGCUGUAGUUCAGUUGAUAAACAAAAAAGACAAUGAAAUAUCUGAAAAGGACUGCAAAACACUGGAAUCGCUGCUAGGAAUGCUUGGAGGCUGCGUUUCUGCAGCUAAUAUUACUAUCGAGCAGUUUUCCUACCCCCCCCCCCCCCCUCCGUGAGCGAACAAAAAAAUUUUGUUCGCUCACGGAGGGGGGUUAUUUUUUUUUUUAAAAAAAAUUUAUAUAUAAAUUUUUAUAAAAAAUAUUUUUUUUCGAAAUUUAAAAAAAAAUCCUAAUUUGCAAAAAUGGGAAGCAAAUAUUAAUUUAAUUUGCAAAAUUUAUGUUUUAAAACGCAAUUUGUUUAAAAUUUAACAGAAUUAGCUCUAGAUUUCAUUAUACUAAUUAUCACUUAUAUAUCAAAAUUUUUUUCCAUUAAAAUUUUUUCUAUUAAAAAAAUUUUUGUUCACUCACGGAGGGUGGGUUUUUGGUCAAAAAAUGGCGAUUUUUCUAAUGGUUUUGUUCGCUCACGGAGGGGGGGGGGAGUUAACAAUUGAAGCUAAAAGAGGCAUAGAAAAAGUUGUGGAAAGUCUUGCAAUGUCGGAUUUAGGGUUGGUGGGGACAGAUACAGAGAUAUCAUCUAUGUUCAACCAAAUGAUGAUGCUUAGACAUCAGCUCUCUGAGUGGUCAAAGUCAAGAAAAAUGAAUGUAAUACAAUAA